UUGGAGGGGAUCGGCUGUUCCCCGCAGGAGAUAUCUACCCGUCGUCCGGACCCUUGCUCAUAUCAACACAACAUCGGUUGUCUUGGGUCCCGUAGUGCGCGCCGGUUGCGCUUGGAUAUGGAGACAGCUUCAAGUUUUCCGAGGGGAGAAAGACAUCACUGCCAAGUCGGGUAA